AUGAAGCUGAACGUCAAGAAUAUCCGCUAUCUGAGCCCAGAUGACUGGCGCGUCCUCACUGCGACAGAAAUGGGCAGUCGGAACCAUGAAGUCGUGCCCACACCGCUGAUAUCGCAAAUCGCCUCACUAAGAUCUGGAAACGGCGUACACAACUGCAUAUCCAACCUCGCGAAAAUCGGCCUCAUCGCCAAAGUCAAGAAUGCAAAGUACGACGGCUACAGACUGACAUAUGGCGGACUCGACUACCUCGCUCUCCACACACACACCAAGGGCUCCGUCGUCUACUCCGUCGGCAAUCAAAUCGGCGUCGGCAAGGAAUCCGACAUCUUCGUCUGCGCCUCCGAAUCCGGCAGGCAACUCGUCCUCAAGAUCCACCGCCUGGGCCGCAUCUCCUUCCGCACCGUCAAGGCCAACCGCGACUACCUGCGCAACCGCCAGUCCGGCUCAUGGAUGUACAUGUCGCGCCUCGCCGCGCUCAAGGAGUACGAGUUCAUGAAGGCCCUGCACAGAGAAGGCUUCCCCGUACCCGAGCCCGUCGGCCAGAACAGACACACGGUUAUCAUGGGCCUCGUCGACGCCUUCCCUAUGCGCCAGAUCUCCAAGGUCGGUGACGCAUCUACGCUCUACGCCGAACUGCUCGCGCAAAUCGUGCGUUUCGCGCAGUACGGCCUGAUACACGGCGACUUCAACGAAUUCAACAUCCUGGUUGAAGAGCGUGACCAGCCCGACGGUACCGUCUCGCUCAUCCCCACAAUCAUCGAUUUUCCGCAGAUGGUCUCGAUCGACCAUGCGAAUGCCGAGUACUACUUCGACCGCGACGUGGCGUGUAUCAAGCGCUUUUUCGAUCGCCGCUUCGGCUUCACGAGCGACGAGCCUGGGCCGUUCUUCAAAGACGCUAUAAAGACAAUCACAAAGCGGCUGGAUGUCGAGGUCCAGGCCUCGGGCUUCAGCAAGAAAAUGGCAAAGGAGCUGGAGGUGUACAUGAAGGAGCACGGUAUCGACGGCGAUGCAGGCGAGGCCGGGGUGGAGAGGGAAGACGGAGACGACGUCGAAGCUGAGGAGGUAGAGGCAGAGGCAGAGGCAGAGGUCGAGGCAGAAGACCUUGCUCCCGAAGAUGGACCCGUUCAGCCGCCAGCAGACGAGCAGACGCCCUCGGUCCUCGCGCACCAAAUGACUAUUCUAGACAUUCGCGACACUGACCCUCUGCCCGAUCUCAGCGAAGUCAAGCCUCCGCCUCAGCCUACCAUCUCCACAAAAGCCGCGAAGAAAAAGGCCGGGUGGGCCAUCUAG